AUGGCAAAUCGAGGCUACGAUGCAGUAGUGGACGUUGAUGCUGAGGGCGACCUUGGCCAUACGGACCUUCAAGAAGACCUCGAAUUUCAUUCCUCAAAUUUCGACGAGACACCACGCAAUGCUAAAGGGCAUCCAGAUUCUUCCUCGUCUUUCCUCGGCGGCUCAUCGUCUCGACAAGCGGGCGGGUCAGGAAGCGCGGGAUCCAAUGCGAAAAUAUGGAGUAUAGCAUAUUACAACCGGUACUUCGAUGUCGACACUUCAGAGGUAUUCCGACGAUGUGUUUCGACCCUCUACCCAAGGUCGAACUUCCUUGACGUUCUUGACGGGAACCCAGACUUAUACGGCCCGUUUUGGAUUGCCACUACUGUCGUGGUAAUCCUUUUCCUGACCGGCACUGUCUCCCAAUACCUGGCAAGAAAAGGUAGCCAUCAUUUCGAGUAUGAUUUCCGUCUCCUCUCUGGUGCUGCGGGACUUAUUUAUGGCUACACAUUCAUACUGCCCGUUGCUUUAUGGGGUGCAUUACGUUGGUUUGGUAGCUCCAGUGCGGAUUUGAUCGAGUGUUGGGCGCUCUACGGAUAUGCCAAUUUGAUCUGGAUUGCCGUUGCUUUGGUUAGCUGGAGCCCGCUUACUGCACUGAACUGGGCGCUUGUCGGAGUUGGUUUUGGCUGGACGGUGUUCUUCUUGCUAAGGAAUCUUUAUCCAGUACUAAGUGCUACGGAUAUGAAGACAAGCAAGAUAUUGUUGAUAGUGGUCAUAGUGCUUCAUGCAGCCUUGGCCAUUGCCAUUAAAGUGCUGUUCUUUGCGCACGGAAGUUAUGCUAAGAAGCAUGACGAUGACCAUGAUGACAAGCAUGAUAAGGGCGACAAGCAUGACGACAAGGACAAGCAUGACCGCUUUUAA